CUCUCUCCCUUUCUUUCUCUCAGGGCAUCUGGGGUUUUCUCGAGCAGCCUUUGGGGCAAACCUCGCUCCUCUAUUCCAGACUCUUCGUCUGCACGGCAUCACAGAGUCACAGCACAUGGAGGAGAUGGAGAAGAUCAACGUGUUUCCUCAUGCCUGGCUCCACCUCACCUUCUCUAACAUCAUCUACUCAAUACACAACGGAGGCAACAUGCACAUCACCAACUUCUCCAAGCAGGCCGUCCGCUUUGGAAUGAUCAUGACCAGGGAACACUGCACUCGCUCUGUCGGUCUCUACGGCUUCUACUUCCUGCUCAGAGCUUCCCGAGUUGGAGAAUCUGAAGCGUUUGCGUUCUCCAUUGAGAGAUUGAGACACUGGGACCCUGUGCUAUCGGAGAGCUGCAGGACCACACAGCCGUUCAGUAUGAGAUCGGAUCGCAGUGUGUGUUAUCAGAUCAGUGUACAGAGCUGUGUGACUGGAGAAUGGCAGGAAAGAACCAGUGGAGAACUCAAUCAAGUGCUUGGCCUGAGUAAACGCUGCUGCAGAAGCACGGUGUUCACACUCGAUGGAGUUCAUGUUCCUGCGCUGGUGAUGUUUUCCCUGGCCUUCCCAUCUGCGUAAAUUCUUCAGAUUAUACUUCUACUUCUUCUUCCUCUUCUUCUUCUUAUUAUUAUCAUUAAGAAAACUAUGAUGAAAUAAAGCUGCAUCAUAGUUUUUAUCACA